AAAAAGACAAAUUUUUAAAAUCAUGUUUCCUGAUUUUAGAAAAAUUUUCUAAAUUGAAAAUAAAUUGUUUGAGUGAUUUCUACGCAUUAAAUACAUAGAUACAAUUUUCUGUUUAAAUACAUACAGAAAAGAUUCAUUAGUUGUCUGAGAUUUUACCAAAAACUCAUAAUGUCAAACUACUUCCAAAUGCUUUAGAAUUAGAAGGCCAGCCAAUAUUAAAUUUUUGGUUUGUACCAUUUGGUUUGUAGCUAUUUCACUUAGGUGGUCAGCUGGUGAAUCUGAUCUAUGCAUCUGUAUCUGUACCCUGGAGUUUUUCAAAAGGCAAUUCCCCCUGUUACAGUUUAUACUAAUGACACAAACUGUUGAUAUUAAGCAUGCAACUUUCUUCUUUGGCACUGUGAGAAAUCACUUUUAGAAAUAGGAUUUCCUGGGGUUUUUUUAAACCUGGUUAUUCAAAAUUUAAAAGUAUAUGUGUAUACUUUGUAUACAUGAUUCUUCUUAUACACAGUAGUGGAUGACCUUACCAAAUUACCCAAUAUAAGACUAUAACAAUGUUGUCAAAUAAAAAACUAUAUACACUUUCAAUUUAUCAUUAACCUGGACAUUAAAAGGGUGUUUUGACACUAAAGGGCUGUUUGACUUAGAACGACAAGUGCAGCAAUUAUCCUAAAAAGACACAGGGUGGCGCUGCAGGCUAAGGUUGUGAUUAAAAAGCACUAAAAUACCCGGAAUCCCUGUUGUAAUACAGAACAAAAGACAAAGACAAGAGCUUUGCAAGCACUAUGCAGCUAUAGAGGGGUGUGUGAAGAAUAUGAUGGAUUAAUAUGAGAUUAAGAGCAACAGUGUGAAGAUUCCUCCAAAGAGAAAAUCAGAAUUCAGUGUUUCAAAGCAUUUGGACUGCUAGAGGAUUGGAUGCAAGCAUGCACUUCACCGUCAUGGAGAAGCUGGGGAGAAUCCACCCAAACAGGCAAGUAAUGGUGUUUAUCUUUAUAAUGAUUUUGGUUCAGGUUUGCAGUGAGCCAACAACUCGAUACUCUGUCUUAGAGGAAACAGAAAGUGGCUCCUUUGUAGCCCACCUGGCCAAGGAUCUGGGGCUGGGAUCUGGGGAGCUGGCUGCCAGGUCUGCACGGGUGAUGUCUGAUGAUUACAAGCAGAGAUUGCUGCUGGAUCCUGAGACUGGGGAUUUGCUUCUGAGGGAGAAACUAGACCGGGAGGAGCUGUGUGGCUCUGUGGAUCCCUGUGUGCUGCCUUUCCAGGUGUCUCUUGAAAAGCCAGUACAAUAUUUUCAAGGAGAAUUAUUGAUCCAGGACAUAAAUGAUCAUGCUCCAAAAUUCCCAGAAGGGGAAAUGCUAUUGAAUAUACCAGAAAACAGCCACCCAGGCACACAGUUUUCAUUGAAAUUAGCCCAGGAUUUGGAUGUGGGCAGCAAUGGGCUUCAACAAUACACAGUCAGCCCCAACUCUCAUUUUCAUGUUCUCACUCGAAAUAAUAGUGAAGGCAAGAAAUACCCAGAGCUGGUGCAGGACAGAGCCCUGGACAGAGAGGAGCAGGCAGAGCUGAGCCUUACACUCACAGCUCUGGAUGGUGGGUCUCCACCAAGGUCAGGAACAGCCCUGGUUCGAAUCCUGAUCAUGGACAUCAAUGACAAUGCUCCUGAGUUUGUGAACAGUCCCUAUGAGGUGCAGGUCCUGGAGAGCAGUCCCCCAGGAUACCGAUUCUUGACUGUCCUAGCACGGGAUGCAGAUGCUGAAAACUUUGGGAGAGUUUCCUAUGGUUUGUCUCAAGCAUCAGAUGAUAUCCAACAAACGUUCUCAAUAAACAAAACUACUGGAGACAUGCGAUUGAAAAAGAAAUUGGAUUUCGAGAAAAUCAAAUCUUACCAUGUGGAAAUCGAGGCCAUAGACGGCGGAGGGCUUUCUGGAAAAGGCUCUGUAAUGAUAGAGGUGUUGGAUGUGAACGACAAUGCCCCAGAGCUGACCAUAUCUUCACUGACCAGCUCAGUCCCAGAAAAUGCUCCUGAAACCAUAAUCAGCUUUUUCAGAGUUGGAGACAGGGAUUCCGGAGAGAACGGAAAGGUGGUUUGUUCUAUUCCAGAAAACAUGCCAUUCAUUCUAAAAUCCACUUUCAAGAAUUUCUACACUCUAGUGACAGAGAGCCCUCUGGACAGAGAGAGCAGAGCUGAAUACAACAUCACCAUCACUGUCUCCGACCUGGGCACACCCAAGCUCACAACCCAGCAUACCAUAACAGUGCAGGUGUCCGACAUCAAUGACAACGCCCCUGCCUUCAGCCAAACCUCCUACACCAUGUUUGUCCAGGAGAACAACAGUCCCGUCCUGCACAUAGGCACCAUCAGUGCCACAGACUCAGACUCAGGCUCCAAUGCCCACAUCAUCUACUCUUUGCUGCCACCCCAGGAUCAACAGCUGGCCCUCACCUCCCUAGUGUCCAUCAAUGCUGACAAUGGGCAGCUGUUCGCACUCAGGGCAUUGGACUAUGAGGCCCUGCAGGCCUUUGAGUUCCACGUAGGUGCCACAGACGGAGGCUCGCCCGCGCUCAGCAGCCAGGCUCUGGUGCGCGUGGUGGUGAUGGAUGACAAUGACAAUUCUCCCUUCGUGCUCUACCCGAUGCAGAACACCUCUACAUCCUGCACUGAGCUGUUGCCCAGAGCUGCGGAACCAGGUUACUUGGUCACCAAGGUGGUUGCUGUGGACCGUGACUCUGGCCAGAAUGCCUGGCUAUCCUUCCAAUUGCUCAAGGCCACUGAACCUGGGCUGUUCAGUGUGUGGGCACACAAUGGCGAGGUGCGCACCACCAGGCUGCUGAGUGAGCGUGAUGUGCCCAAGCACAGGCUGCUGCUGGUGGUCAAGGAUAAUGGUGAGCCUCAGCGCUCUGCCAGUGUUACUCUGCAGGUGUUGCUGGUGGAUGGCUUCUCACAACCCUACCUACCUCUUCCAGAGGUAGAGCGGAAUUCCAAGCAAGAAGAUGAGGAUGUGCUUACAUUGUACCUGGUCAUUGCCUUGGCUUCUGUAUCUUCUCUCUUCCUGGUGUCUGUGCUGCUGUUUGUGGGGGUGAGGCUGUGCAGGAGGUCCAGAGAGGUCUCUCUGGGUGGCUGCUCUAUGGCUGAGGGACACUUUCCUGACCACCUGGUGGAUGUCAGUGGAGCAGGGACCCUGUCCCAAAGCUACCAGUAUGAGGUGUGUCUGAGGGGCAACUCUGGGACUGGUGAGUUCAAGUUCCUGAAACCCAUGAUCCCCAAUGCUGGAAUAGAAAUUAUGGAAAGUCCCCAAUGCAGGGAUAGCUUUGUAUUCAACUAAGUAUUCUGUGGUCCAAUGAUUCUUAAUAAUUAAUAUGUAAGUGUAAUACUAACUAGCUUUUAAAAAACUACUGUGCAUGUCUCCAAAAGUUCUCAUUUUUCCUAUUCAAAUUAAGCAUGCUUAGGCUGUCAUUAUACCACAUGUUAAAUAUGUGUUUUCUACAUAUUUGAUGUCUUUGGUGACUAAUAUUUUCAUAACUACAAAUAACUCAAGUAGCAUAGAAUUUCCUCAAAUAAUUUUUAAUGCUCAUAAGAAAAUUUGAAUUUCUGUAUAAUUAUGACACCUGCUUUAACUGUAUCUUUUAUCUUUUUAAGUUUAGAAUGCUUAGAAUUUUAUUUGGCCUUAGCAUACUUAUUUUUCCCAAAAUCAUGUCAAGAUGCACUUCAGUAGAACACUCAGUUGUGACACUUGUCAUGAGCAUUAUAAAUGUUUGUCAUCCCUUUCAUGAAAUAAAGUUGUUAAUCCAUUGCUAA